CUGACGGAUGACGUGAAGAAGGACAAGGAGAAGGAGCCGGAGCGGGCGGAGAGGGCGGAAAACGCCGGAGCCCCCCGGAAAAAGGGACCCGAGGACGGGACCAGGGGCAGCGACGGGGACAGUUCUGAGGAUGAGCAGGAGAAGAAGCAGGAGGUGCCCAAACUGUCCAAGAAGAAACUGCGGCGCAUGAACAGAUUCACCGUGGCCGAACUCAAGCAGCUGGUGGCCCGUCCGGACGUGGUGGAGAUGCACGACGUGACGGCUCAGGACCCCAAGCUCCUGGUUCACCUCAAGGCCACGCGCAACUCGGUGCCGGUGCCGCGGCACUGGUGCUUCAAGAGGAAGUACCUGCAGGGCAAGAGGGGCAUCGAGAAGCCCCCGUUCGAGCUGCCCGAGUUCAUCAAGCGCACGGGCAUCCAGGAGAUGAGGGAGGCCCUGCAGGAGAAGGAGGAGCAGAAGACGAUGAAGUCCAAGAUGCGGGAGAAGGUUCGGCCCAAGAUGGGCAAGAUCGACAUCGAUUACCAGAAGCUGCACGACGCCUUCUUCAAGUGGCAAACCAAGCCCAAGCUCACCAUCCACGGGGACCUCUACUACGAGGGGAAGGAGUUCGAGACGCGGCUGAAGGAGAAGAAACCGGGAGAUCUCUCGGAUGAGCUCAGGAUCGCACUGGGAAUGCCCGUGGGACCAAACGCCCACAAGGUGCCCCCCCCGUGGCUGAUCGCGAUGCAGCGCUACGGACCCCCCCCCUCCUACCCCAACCUCAAGAUCCCGGGGCUCAACUCCCCCAUCCCGGAGGUGAGAGAGGGAAUUUGGGGGG